AUGUCAAGUUCUUCUGUAAUAAAUAUAGAGACAAAGAGAGCCAUGGCGUGCCAGGAGAGAGGUGCGGGCUGGCAGCUCAGCCCAGCAGUCAACAUGGUGGUCACCUUCAUGGCAGUGUGUCGGUGCCUGCUGCCAGCCGCUGCCUCGCCCAGCAGCGGCCACCACACACUCUUUGUCACACUGCCCACCAUCCCCGAGGCCGCCCCGACCUUACAGCCUGGCGCAGACCUGCAGGAGGGCCAGGACACCACCACGGGCGUCCCCGUCACCCUCCCACCCUCCGGCGAGCCUAGGUCCUCUCCCCUCCGCCUCCCACCCAAGGAUACCAAGAUGAGCUUCCUGGCAGACGACUUCGCGGCGGCUUCGCGGGCCGCAGAGCUGCAGACCAGCGGGUCAGACCGCUCGGGCGGGCUGGACGACCAGGCCCUCUUCCCCAACACCCGCUCCAGACCCAGGAACCCUCAGGCCGCCAGGGUUCCCACCGACACCACCGGCAGGAAUGCCGGCGGAGGAAAGGAUUACCUCGAUCUGGCUCUUGACUCGGAAUCUUCGCCGGAUCCGCAAGAGGACCUCAAGGUCGGGUCCCGCCACCACACCGGCUUCCACCGCCCCAGCCUCUACAGUCACCUGCCUCCCCGCCAGCCCUCCAGGACCCGCCCCUCUAACUUCCUCCCGCCCGGGGCCUCCGUCAUCGACAAGGACCCCUUGUACAGCCUCUACUCAGGCCUCCGCCCCGAGGUGCUCAAGAGGCCCUACCUAAACAUGACUAGAGUACUCAAUAUCGAGGCCGAGUGCCAGGACGACUUCAUGAGGAUCCACGUUCAGUUCAACGGCUCCUUCAGCGGCCUAGUCUACUCCUUAGGCUACGCGUACGACGGCGACUGUAUCUACGUGAAUGGCUCCGGCCGCCACGCCUACGACUUCUUCAUCCAGCUCAACCGCUGCGGCACCCUCAGUGGCAACGAGAAGGGCAGAGAGGACAUCAGAGGACGCACUCCUUCGAAGAACAUGAUGUGGAACACCCUGACGGUGCAGUACAACCCGCUCAUCGAGGAGGUCUGGGACGAGCACUUCAAGGUCACAUGCGAGUAUGGCUACGACUUCUGGAAGACUGUCACCUUCCCCUUCCUCGACGUCGAGGUUCAGACAGGGAACCCGGUGGUGUUCACACUCACGCCGCCAGAGUGCCACAUGGAGAUCCGCUACGGGAUCGGCACCACCGGGAACCGGGUGACGGGUCCGGUGCGGGUCGGGGAUCCCUUGACCCUCGUCAUCUACAUGCGCUCAGAAUUCGAGGGGUUCGACAUCGUGGUGAGCGACUGCUACGCCCACAACGGAGGUAACAAGCGGAUUGCCCUCAUCGACCAUUACGGGUGCCCGCUGGACGAGUCGCUCAUCAGCCACUUCGAGGGCACGAGGACCAGCGAGGGCAUGUUCGAGACGCAGGUGUACGCCUUCAUGAAGACCUUCCGCUUCACCGGCUCCCCUGCCCUCUACAUCGAGUGUGACGUCAGGAUGUGUCACGGCGACUGUCCGACUCAACCCUGCCACUGGCGGAGUCCCAAGAAGCAGAAAAGGUCCCUGCUGGAGGAGCAGAGGGAGUCGAACCCGGCCAACAUCUCGGAGUCCCUCAGUCUCUUCCAGUCCAUCCAGGUGGUGCGCGAUGACCAGCUCCUCCGCCCAGCCCUCAGAGACUCCCAGAGCGAGGAUGUGUGCUUGAAGAGUGGGACCUUCUCAGCCCUGGCAGGGAUGGUGGCCGUGGUGGUGGGGAUCCUGACGGCGGCCAGCGGGAUCCUCUGCAUCAGGCUCCGUAGGGCCCAGAAGCCUGAAGAAGUACCCGCGCCCUCAACGCCCUUCGUCAACCAUUACAAGUCUGAUUUUGUCCCGUCCUCUAAACGGAGAUUGGAAUGAAAACGUUGGUCAUUUAGCCCCCAUUCUCUCGUUAAUGGUCACGAUACGAGAACAUGAACUAUCACCAGGUCCC